ACCUUAAAAGUUCUUUAAUUAACAUUAUGUCUCAUUUGAUUAAUUUGUUACUGCUGGCUGUAGCUUUAUAUUUAACAGACAUGAGAGGGGUAUUGUUCAUCAUCUAUAACUUAUAACAUAAGAAAACAAAUAAGUGUAUUUAUCAAAUUAAAAAAGUUUUUACUAAUCGGUGAAGCUACGCUCAUUGAAGUGAUCCAACAAUAGUGUAAAUGUUUUGAUCAAAGGUGGUAUCAUUUUGAAAUAAAAGCAAGUCUGAGUCGAGAAAUUUGAAUUUUUAAAAAGAUUUUUUUUGGGCCAUUUUGCCUUUAUUGGACAUCUGACAGUGUAGAUGAGGACACACAACAUGUUAUAGCCAUAUCAUGCAACAAAAUGCUCAGGUGUGUUGGGCCAUUGGAUACCCAUAAUUUCACAUUUUAACUCUAAAGUGAAAUCUCUCUCCCUCAAACACACACACACACACACACACACACACACACACACACACAGCAUACUUCUAUCACUCAUUACUCGUUGUGUACCCUGCAGAAACUAUUCCUAGGAUGUCUCAUAAUAAGAUGGGCUAAUUAGCUUUGGUUCUUAGGGAAUCCAUUUGCCCAUUACUGUAACACAUGCUGGGAGGUGUGUGUGUGUGUAUAAUGUCAGGCUGGGUCAUUGGUAAUCGCUAACAUUUUUAGAUAGCAGGCGUUAAAGGGCAAUCUCUACCACUUAAUAUAGUUUUACUCUUCAUACACAUCCAUCACUUUGCAGGACAUAUGAUCAAAGUUUUCAUUAUCGUGCUUCAUCUAUUUGCUGUUUGCUCUGAAAUCAUUCCAUUGACAAACAGAAAUGCUUUGCAAUGCCUUAUGAACCAUAUAAAUUAUAAAACUGCUGCAGUGUUAAAUUAGAAGGCUCCAUGGUACAGAAGCUCCACUGAUACAAUAAGAAUGAUAAUAACCUCCCAAACUAGAAAGUUACCUUCUCAUCAAUUUCCCAGGGAGUUGACAAAAAGUCAGUGUUGUAUUACAUCUAAAGAAGAGCAAUAAUAAUGAAAAUGGGUGGAUCAUUAUUUAUGAUACUGCAAUCAUACGUUAGCUAUAUGACUUUUGCCAUGAAUGUGAUAACGCUGAUGGCAGAAACUGAUGCGAUCAUCAUGUGUGUGAGCAGGAGACUUCCCUCCAAUCCAUGAAAUUUCAUGUAUUUUUAAGACCCUGCAUUAACUCCGAAUAGUCAGCAAACAAUUGUUACCUGAAAAACAAAGGGCAAGAUUCAAUUAAAAAGUUAGACUGGAUCUGCUGAAUCCAGUUUGAUGAAUUCCAACCAGCAACAACUCAGACAGCUGGAGAUCUUUCUAAUCUUCCAAAGGCAGAAAUAAGCUCCAGUGACAUGUGUUGUUUUUUUUAAAUCGAUUCAACACCUUUACAUGUGAAAUCAUUCUAUAUGCAGCGAGGUACUCAGCCUUUACAACUCUGUGGAAGCGACCUGCAAACAGCUGGUGAAGCAGUUACUGCAGAGCAUUAUUCACACAAAGACACACACAUUUCAGCACAUCCUAAUAUACACGACCUCAUCAACGGGUCUGCCAACACACGUGCACAUCCAAGCGUGAUCCUGACAACGUCAUGGUGAACUGCACACAAUAGACAUUGUUGUUUUAUUUUGUGUUACAUUUCUACAUUAUUAUUGACAUCAUCGAUAAUCAGUUUCAGCUCCUGCUUGAAUAUGAAAACAAUAACAAGUUUUAGAUUAAUAAAUCAUGAUGGAAUAGACAACUUCCUCACAGUCUGCACUCAAUUCCACUGAUGAAGAGGUCGAUCUUAUGAUCUGUUUGGUUUAACAUUUCUGUGGCAAUCAGACUUUUAAAAGAAAUACCUGCAGGCAUUUUCAUGUUUAAUCAUCACAUUCCCUGAGAAGGUGAAUACAUUUCUAAGAAAUGCAUGAAAACAACCAGAGCAGGUUGUAAAAACAAAACAGAAAGCUGCUUCUGGAAAGUUUGACGAAGAUCCUCCAAACGGAAAUGUCUGCUGGAAUGGAAUGUACUUUCUGAUAUAAUCUGCUAAACAUUUCAAAUAUAUAUUUUUACAGACUGUCUCAUCAGGUGGCAGGUAAACAAGAGGAAAUACCUCAAAGUUAGAACAAAUGGAGGAGGUCACACUGGUGGCUUUAAGACGUGUAUUGUACAUAAAUAAUUAUUGUAAUAAAGAAAGAAUUGCAUAAAAAGACAUUGCUGAAACCUCCCGCUUGGAAUAACCACUAUCGCUCCAAUCCUCUGUCCUAUUCUCCUCCAUCGCUCCGUCUUCCUCUCUCGUCUUUCCAUAUGAUGGGCCAGCAGCUGAGGGUAUUAGAAUGUUCUCUCUCAGUCUGUCAUCCCCUUCUUUUCACACCUAGCUCUCUCUUCUGUCUUCCUGGCACCACUGUUCAUGCAUUUCUGCUGACACGAUUCACAGGAACCACACGCACACACCACGUGGACAUACAUGCACAAAUGCAACAUUGACUCAUGUUCUGGUAUAGUCUGGCUCUCUGACUGACUCGGGGGAUUUUCUUAUGCACUCUCCAGGUGGUGGGCUACCAUGUGAAUGCGUACAACCUCGUGGUCUCAAUUCAAAACCAGCAUUAGAAAACUCAAAAAGUGCCCUGUGACAAAUUAAAAAGUCCAAGGCAGACCCAACUAGUGAGAAUAAUUUACACAACAUUUUCAACAGGUAAGCAGCAUGACAGCUCACUCUUGGCCUUUGAAUUAGUAUUUGGAAAAAAACAAAAAAUCCCAUAAAAAGGUUCACAUUUUUCCCAGUCUUCUCUCUCAGAAUACACUGUGGGUUAAUACAACCUCAUCCAAGCCUCCUGAACUAACUAAGCAGGGUAAACCACCUGUAGCUUAAAUUACAUCACUGAUUUACUGUAGAUAUAUACACGCCACCAUACAUCUCUGCGCUUCAUUCACUCCGCCUCUCUUUCUCUGAUUUAUGGCUCUAUAACACUAAAUGCAUCAUCAGCCCCUGAAUACUUGUCAUUCAGGUGAUGCUUUUUUGAUGAUGCUGUAAAUUGUAGUGAGCUUGUUAAUCACAAGUGUUAAAUUAACAGAUCCACCGAUUUUUGGUGACAUAAUCUGACAAAAUGAUUCGAACAAAAACCUAAAAUGAUGAUUCUUUAGAUUAUACAAGCUGUAAGUCUCGUGUCAGGGGAUGUAGCUGAGUUUUUGAGGGGGGGGAAUCCCUUCUGAUUUCUAGCAGAAACUGAGCUGGAUAUGUGGACUCACUUCUUGGGACUGUGUCGGUAUCCCUGUCAGAGUGAGGAGGCUGCAGUCUGGCGCCUGCCUCGUUCCUCCCGCAAUAUAACUUCAAGGACAUCACAUCACAGGGGGGCCUUCAGGAGGGCAGCGUGAUGUAUCUCUACAGCGGGCAUCACAUCCAAUCUGAGGCCGGACAGAGUCGUUGUGUCACAUCUCUCCUCCUUCCACAUCCUUCCCUCCCUUGCUCGCUUACAGCUCUCCUCCCAUCAGAGUAUUGGCAGUGUGCGGAGCGCAGCGUGGACUCGUGGAAAUGUCUUGGCGGCAUUACGCACGACGACACGAUAAACGCGAAAGCCUCAUUUAGAAGGACAGGGCACUUUCAAGCUGAACUGGACUGGCUUUCAACUUUUGAUUUGGUGAGCACUUAUUUCUCCUCAUCGUCUCAUUACGGCGGAUGGAACUCGGAUCUCUCCCUUCGCGACAGCAGCAGUGGGGCUGAAUUACUUCCCCUCCUCAUAUCCGCAGCUCACGGUGACUAUAGAGGAGUGGAAAAUAUGUAAAGAGCUUUGGGGGAAAACAAACUCUACAGAGAUCGCAAAAAGAUCGCAAAAAGAGAGGAUGAUCCCACCGGCCAAUAUGAUUCAGGACGAAAGUGGGGGCAAAGAGGACGAACGGGACCAGAAUGAGACACCCAAAUCCCCGUCGGCGAACGCCAGCCAGCAGGAAACCAAGAAUACUGUGAGGCCUGAACAUCACAAGCGCAAGCUGCAGAGACUCAAGCGCUCCUUAUCCUUCAAGACCAAGAGCAUCCGCAGCAAGAGCGCGGACAACUUCUUCCGAACAAGCAACGACAACAAGACGGAGCUUCUCUCAGAUGUGAGCAGCAGCACGGGCCAUCUCUGCAACAUCGGGAUGGCCCCGCCGCACACCACCAACCUCCCCAUUCCUCCGGUCCCUCCAGCCAUCCCCUCUGCACCUCCACCCACAUCACGCUCCCAGUUACGCAACCCGCUGCAGGUAGACUCGGCAGGACACUGCUUCAUGGAGCACAUCUUCAAGAAGCCCACGUUCUGUGACGUCUGCAACCACAUGAUCGUAGGAACAACAGCCAAGCAUGUGGUGUUCCUGGCGGGAAACACGGCAAAGCAUGGCCUCCGCUGCAAAGCCUGCAAGAUGAGCCUACAUCACAAAUGUGAGAAUGGAGUGGGACAGCAGCGCUGCAUGGGCAAACUGCCAAAAGGCUUUCGACGUUACUACAGCUCUCCAUUACUGAUCCAGGAACAGUACGGCUGCAUCAAAGAAGUCAUGCCCAUUGCCUGUGGCAACAAGGUGGACCCUGUGUAUGAGGCCUUGAGGUUUGGGACGUCGCUGGCACAAAAGGCCAAGAGAGCCAGUGGCUCUGAGUCUCCACACAGAAACUCGAUCAGUGACUUGGAUAAGGUUCCAGAGGAAGUGGUGGCUCACAGCAGUAGGCAGGAGCUGUCGAGAAAACACAGCGAUGAUGUUUUCACAGUUAUUGAGAAUGGGACAGAUUAUUACCUCCAGCCAGAAAGAAAACCUGAUGAUUUGCUGUUGGAGCAGAGCCAACUACAGAAGGAUGUCCUUAAACUCAACACCUAUGUGGCCUUGUUCAGCUUCACUCCCCAAGACAGCCAUGACCUGGACAUGAGAGCUGGAGACAGAAUCUUGUUGGCUGAUGACUCCAAUGAUGACUGGUGGAAGGGGGUAAUUGAGGACAGGAUCGGUUUCUUCCCAGCAGCCUUUGCUCAUCAGCUGCGGGUUGAGGACCAAGUGUUCAGGUGUAGCAGGACGUUCAUUGGCUGUAAGGAACAAGGCCAGAUCACCCUGAAGGAGGGACAGGUACUGUACAAACCUUAUGAAGAUGAUGAGGAUGAGGAUGAUUAUAGGCAGAUGAGUGAUAUUUUUAGUGAAAAGUCUUCACAUAAAGUCAGGCUGAACAGGAUCCUUCCCUUAAAAUAGUUUAUUUAUAUUCUAAAUCAUCCCGCCCCAUUAUUAUGGGUUUUCUGUGUCAAAAACCCACUUGCAUAAUUGAAUAACUGCCUGGAUGUCUGCAACAGUGUAUUUUUUGAUGCUACAAAUGGCACCAAAGUCAGAAAUUGCACAUAUUGGCUUUGAAAGGGAUUUUUGCAAGAAACUCUGCAACCUGUUUGUGAAUAAAUGCCUUUCAAAAACCUGCCAGAUAAACCUGAAAAUACCUGACAAUCACAAGGGUUAAUAACAAGGACUUAGUUAGACCAAACAUUAGCAAGCUUCAUCACACAAGCCUCCUCUUCAUCAUGGGUUGGAGAAGCAAUGACCCUGGACAUUAAAACGUCCACAUUAUACCUGUGUCUAAUUCAUGAUGGCACCCCAGCCAUUAGAGCACGUCCGAUUCACAUUAGCCAGCAGCUCUUUAGCCAUCUUAUUACCCUCCUGCAGCUCCCACAUUGCCUCUUACCUCCAGCGACUCUACCCUCGCAUGUGCUUAUUUACUGGAAAGCUCGACUGGAGUUGGCUGACAGAGAAUCCUUCUAAGGAAUUACCAUUAGAUGAGCAUUUUUGGUACAUUGGCUGUACUUAGAGCCUUUUUCCACAAUGCUUUCCAGGGCAUGUUGGAACUCAUUGGAGACUUAAAGCAAGAAACCCCCAGUGGAGAUGAAACCACCAAAAACAAGAUGAGUCUGUGACCCGCUGCCUUUCUUUUCCUGUCACACAAACCCAGGGGAAGAUAUUGAGAGUACUCAGAGCGAGCAUGGAAAUACAAUAUGUUCUGGUGCAUCACGAGGGUCAAUGACUGAGUUGGAAAGAAAGGGAAGUUUGAUCACUUAAUUAGUGAUGAAAAAGAACAGAUUUCUUUCCUCAGAAUAUCCCAAACCUAAUAAUGACCACAUAAUCAUAGCAAUAAUAUCAACAGGUUGCAACUAUAGCACCUUUACUGGACUUUAAAUGUCAUGAUAUGCCGUUAAAAAUAAAAAAAAUAAAAAACUGGGAGACUUAUGCACAUAAAAACAGAUGAGAGACAUGUUUGUGUUUAUGGAGGACUUCAUGUAUUAUCUUUAAAAUACUUCUCUGACAGUUAUAUUUGCACAAGACCAUGUCGCAAGUAGUAUGUAGUAGAAGAACUUUAAAACAUGAAAAUAGGUGAACAGGCUGUCCAUAUACGUUUGGCCACAUAGUGUAUUCCUAGAGAAAAACGAAUGCCCCGGUAUGUAUAUGUACUAUGACAAUUGUUGAAUGCAGGAAGCAAUCACUCACAUAGGCAACUUAGAAUUAAUCCGUGCGUUCGAGUGGUUCUUGCAUGAGGCCCAUUGUGUCCUUCAAUUAAUUACUCACAUAUAUUGAAAUAUUCUAUCUAAUGUUUUGUACUAUGUUUAACUGUACUUGUCAACUUUACGUUCUAUUCUUUGUAGUUUUCACAUUAAAGUAAGUUUAAUUUCUUU